GUUUAAAGCUCCGCCAAUCGAUCUCACCACCUCCAAUCCGCCCGCCCCAACCACUAAAAAUUACAAUCUAAUAUCGCUUCUAUCGUCCCUCCCUUCCCUUCCAAAUCAUCAUGGAGUCGGCGGCACUGAUGUGGUCUGUUGCGGCGGUCACGGCUGCCGUUUUCUUCUGGUUCGUUUGCAUCAUGGGCUCCGCCGAGGUCAAAGGAAAGCGCGCCGUUGAUUUAAAGAUGGGAUCGAUCAGGAGAGACAAAGUACAAGACAAGUACAAGCAGUAUUGGUCUUUCUUCCGGCUACCAAUUGAAACCCUAAACUCAUCGGAGAACGUCCCAGCCUUCGUCGACACGUUCUACAAUCUCGUCACCGAUAUCUACGAGUGGGGCUGGGGCCAGUCCUUCCACUUCUCCCCUUCUCUCCCCGGCCGAUCCCACCGCGACGCCACCCGCAUCCACGAAGAACGCGUGGUUGAUCUCAUCAAUGCCCGACCCGGAAACCGGAUCCUCGACGUUGGGUGUGGCGUAGGCGGCCCGAUGCGAGCCAUCGCGGCUCGAUCGGGCUCUGAUGUCGUCGGGAUCACCAUCAAUGAGUACCAGGUCGGUCGUGCCCGCGCGCAUAAUCGCAAGGCGGGGCUCGAUGGGGCAUGCGAGGUAGUUUGCGGGAAUUUCUUGCAGAUGCCCUUCGGCGAUUCGGCUUUCGAUGGCGCGUAUUCGAUCGAGGCAACAUGCCACGCGCCGCGGCUUGAGGAUGUGUAUGCGGAAAUCUACCGUGUGUUGAAGCCUGGAGCUAUGUAUGUUUCUUACGAAUGGGUUACAACCGGGCUUUACAGGGCUGGCGAUCCGGAGCACGUUGAAGCGAUCCAUGGAAUCGAGAGAGGAGACGCUCUUCCGGGGUUAAGAUCGCAGGAUCAGAUUGCAGAGGUGGCUAGGAGGGUAGGGUUUGAGGUGAUUGAAGAGCGAGAUCUCGCGCUGCCACCAGCGGGGCCAUGGUGGAACCGGCUCAAGAUGGGGAGACUUGCUUAUUGGAGGAAUCAUAUUCUGGUUUCGAUUUUAACGAUCCUACGGAUCGCGCCAAAGGGCGUGGUCGAGGUUCACGAGAUGCUGUACGAGACGGCGAGGCACCUUACUCGCGGAGGUGAGAUGGGAAUCUUCACUCCUAUGCAUAUGAUCCUUUGCCGGAAACCUAUUGACGGGGAUGACAAUUGACAAAUCUUCAUCUUGAUUGCUGGUUCUAAGAUAGAGUUUAAGUUUCAGCCUUUCUAUCCAGUCCCUGUUUUGAUUGAUUGCUAGCUCGUUUCUGCUGUUCUGUUUAAUUCGAAUGAGAAUAGAAGGAGAUGGAAUUUUUUCUAUUCUCCCUUUUUUUCUCGGCCGCUUUGAUAAAACUUUUAGGGUUUUGAUCGGGAAACAGAUCGUAAUUGGUGAUAGGAUUUUAAAGUUUAUGCGGUUUUUAUGUACCUUUCAUGUUUAGCUUUAUUUGAUUUCUAUUUUAAUUUAUUUCCAGUU